CAAACAACAAAAACACCAAAACAAACAAACAAACAAAAAACCCCAAAAAACCAAACAAACCCAAAACCAAAAGACAAAAUCGGAAAUAGUACAACUUAAUUUGAAGUUGCUGUAUGAUGGGAUUUGUAUUUCUGACUCUUGUGGGCUCUCAAGUGUCCCUUUUCUCAACUGAUAUCUGCAGCUCCGUGCAUUUCUUCCUCAGCUGUCCUUACUAUAAUCCAAAACACCAGCUUCUAAUGCUUUUCAUUGAAACACCAAACAUAGCAGGAUAAUCCAUCAUAGAUUUGAUUUAGCAGCAGCUCUUCUAUCUGUCACAUGCACCUACUGUCUCCCCAAGAAAAGUGGCAGAAGAUCCUAUGUAUUUAGUCAUAAACAAAAAAAGUAAUCGCUUUAGCAAUUUCUCCUAUUAGGCAUUCCUUUUUAAAUCCUUCUUUACCCUCCUUCAACUCAACGUCAGCUGCAUGAGAGUGAAUUGUGGCCACUGCUGCUUUCACAAUAAGGAAGGGUAGUUUUCUCAUGACUUUAGGAUACAAUUUAGUAACAGGUUUCACUUCUGUGUAAUGCAAUGCAGUUUCAGCAUUAUCUGUCACGGAGUUCACGUCACAGUGCCCGAAUUCAGGCGAACACGUUCGGCACAAACUCUCCCAAAAUCAUCGCCGUCAUUGAACAGCACACACCUGGCCGCCGUAUUAAUUUUGUUAUCAAUUUAAACGAUCCUUUAGUGUCAUUAAGAGCUUUUUCCCAGUAGAUUAUAGAAACAUACGGAUACUAAAGAUCACCUGGUCCCAACCCCCGCUGCUGUGGGAUAAUAAGCAUAUAAUAUCUCCAGAUAAUUUAGUUUAAUAGAAAUAAUCCUCUACGUCAUGUUUAUAUAUAAGCAUAUACUGGGGUCUGACUACACGUUUGCCAUUUGCUGGACUGUUUCAAUCUCUCUUGUAACUUCCUUAGUAAUCGUUGCUGUUCCUUCCCUCGACGGGCUCACGCUGUGCCAAACAGCCCUUUGGGUCUGUCCCCCGCCAAGGAGCGAGCGCCGCCUCAGGGCGACGCCGCCAUUUUGGGCGAGGCCACUCCGGCCACAGAGGGGCGCGCGCCCGAGCCAAGAUGGCCGCCGGCCAAGGCGCCCGCCCCGGAUGCGGCCGCGCGCCCCGGCAGCCGUCGCCCCGUGCCGGAAGUGCCGGUGCCGGCGGGCGGCCAUGGCGGCGGGCGGGCAGCGGGGCGGGCCCGCAGGACUCGCCGCCUCCCGGCGCCGCGGCGCGGGCUGAGGGGAGCGGGCCGCCCGCCGCCGCCCUCCCGCUCCCUCCUUCUCCGCCGGAGGAAGGCGACAACUCGUGAGCUAGCUCGGAUAUGCCGAACUGCUGGAAAAACCAGCCAGCGGCUUCUUUAGCGGGUGCAGAGCAUGGAGAAUGAUGAACUUCCGCCAGAGGAUGGGCUGGAUUGGUGUGGGGCUGUACUUGCUAGCAAGUGCUGCGGCUUUUUAUUACGUCUUUGAAAUCAAUGAGACUUACAACAAACUAGCACUGGAGCACAUUCAGCAACACCCCAAGGAACCACAGGAAGGAACCACAUGGACACACUCCUUGAAAGUACGACUGCUGUCCCUGCCGUUUUGGCUGUGGACGAUAAUAUUUUUAAUACCAUACUUACAGAUGUUCUUGUUCCUCUAUUCCUGUACAAGAGCUGACCCCAAAACUGUUGGGUAUUGCAUCAUUCCUAUCUGCUUGGCUGUUAUUUGCAAUCGUCACCAAACAUUUGUGAAGGCCUCUAAUCAGAUCAGUAGAUUACAACUAAUUGACACUUAGCUCAACUGCUAGUUUCUCUUGCUGAUUUGAAGCAAUUGCAUAUGCUUGAUCUAAUCAGGGGACUGAAGUUCUGAGUGAAGGCGGAAAGAGCCUUUUCUUUCAAACUGAUAAGCAAUGGAGAGAAUGACUGUUUUCUAUUUAAAACAAACAAGUAACUAUAAAGGUUUUUAAUUAUGGAUCUAUCAAGUGGCCAGAGUGGGAGAGACCUGCGUGACACGUGAUGGAAGUAUUCUUCAUUUUGCCUUAACGAUGCAAAAUUGCAACUCUCCAUCUGAAAUGUCCUGUGGGGAAACAAGUUUCUGGUCCACAACUUUACUCCUCUGUGCAAAAAAGUGGUUUCCUAUGUUUUCCCUUGGAGUGAAAUCAAUGAAAAGAUACUUAUUUGUGGUAAAUGUAAAAGAAAAAAAGAAAUUAAGAACAUGAUUAUAAAAGCUGCACUUAACACAAUUCUUUGCUUUUUCUUUUUUUUUUUUAAUUAUCUACAUCAGUGCUGUUUUUAAUGAAUUUUUAAAAAACAAGUUUACAAAAACAGGAAGCAAAGAAUAAAGUUUGUGCAAACCUUUAAAGGGAAAACGUACAUUUUUUUCUGUGGUAGCCUACUUGUUUUCAGUCACAACAGUCCCACACUGUAGUAGGCAGGCAGUGAGGAGUGGCACAGGUCUGGAGCUUGAUGUUUUAAACUAUUCCUAUGACAUCAAAAGCAGCCUAUGCUGGCAUUGGCCUGUAGUCUGCACAAAAAUUUCUGUGUUUCCUUCUUCUAUCAUCUUGCUUGAUAAAAUUACAAGUUACUGAAAUUUAUGGCCAUUCUAAUUUCACUCCAGACUCAUGCAAAUCUGUGCUCCAAGACAACUGAUAUAUUAUGAAAAACUUUGAAUUUGGGAGUUAACUGUUUGGGGGAUGCUACUAACAGGUUGUAAGACAGAUAAUCAUGUUUCUUCCAGAAAUUCAAAGAAGUAAGGUACCUUCUUCUCAUUCUUGUAAUGAAUGUAAAUUUCUUCAGUCAUACUGAAAUUCCAUUGAGAUUUCUUUGCCAUAGUUUCAACCUCUGUUUUUCAGUGCUAUUUUGGAAUAGCAUAUUUGAAUAAGACUGAAUCUAUUCUUUUUUCUGUCCGUUUUUGUUUCUUCUGAGAAAAACAAAAUUUUUGUCCCAGUCGUAACAGAAGUAACAAAUAUGAAAACAGCACAAAAUACACUUCUCAGAAGCAGCAGGCUCAAAAGAAUUAGGAGCUAAACUCCUUGACUAUAAAUAACUUCAACUGUAUAUGAUUGUCCAUACCUAAUCAUCACAAAUGCUAAUCUAUUUCUGACUGCUUUGAGGGAAUCCUGGAGAGUGUUGUCUUUCUCUUGCUUUGGAAAGAGAACACUAUUUUCACUGUUGCUGUGUUUAAACAUGGCAGUUCCAACACCUUAAACUUUCUGUUUGCACUUGGAGAUACUUUGAGACACUGGUUUCAAUUGUCAGCGUUGGUGCUAGGACCUGAAAACAAUGUAGCCUUUGCAAGAAGGGUUUGAGUUCUAAGUGCAAUAUGAAAAGGAGGAAGCUGCCAUCUUCGUGUGCUGGAGUAAGAGUAAAUUAUAAACUCUGAUGAGUAGUUUAGUAUCUUGGGGAGUCAGAGCUUUUAAGUUGUGUUGUUUCUCAACUUUUAAAAUCAUCAUGCUAUUUAUCUAUAAAAUAAAAACUUUUCAAUGUUUAUAAACA